AUGAUGGAGAAACUAGGCUUCCACAGAGUACUGAACAACCCCGGUCCGGGUAAUCCGGCUAUCCACCACAAUCAAGCGCCGCCCAAGGUGCCUCAGGUCACGCCUUUCAAAAAGCAGCUCAAGGUCGAUAAUGCUCCAGGAAACCAGGUUGCGUUGGCCAACUUGAUCGCAGUGAAUCCAGAUGAUUUCCCAGAAGCCCACAACAACCAGCACGUUUUGUUGGAAAAGACUUUCGUCUACAGCAUUCAGAAAACUCCAGAUCAACCAAGAGGUACUGUCGGUUUGGCUGGACAUGUGAGAAAAUGGUGCAAAACGUCUUUGGGACAGCCUGUCACGCUUGAAUCGUUCAACAUCUUUGAGAAGCUGGGCGACAACACGCAUUACCUCGGAGAAGUCGAUUUUGUGAUUGAUUUCCUUUCGGCCGGUAAGGCUAGGGAUGUGCAUCUCAGCGAGGAGAAGCUUGUGGAGGUGUUCAAGGGAAGAUUCGAGAACCAGAUCUUGCAACCUACACAGCCGAUCGUGAUGGAUUUCGAGGGCUACAUCUUUUUGGUGAUUGUACACGGCGCCCAGGUGCUCAAUUUGUCUCAAUUGGGCAACACCGAGAGAUUGAUGUCGGAGGACUUGUCCACCAAAGGCAUUUUGAUGAACAGCACCAACAUCAACUUCUUCGGCGCCGAGAACACCAAGAUCAAUUUGAUCAAGAAGAAGGGCGCUAAGACAUCCAUGGCCAACAAGCCAAGAGCUAACCCUAUCAUCAACCCUGACUUCAAAUUGGAGAACAUGGGCAUUGGUGGUUUGGACACCGAGUUCCAGCAGAUCUUCCGUAGAGCUUUCGCCUCGCGUAUCAUUUCUCCAGAUCUUGUGGAGAAUUUGGGAUUGCGUCACGUCAAGGGUCUUUUGCUUUACGGUCCUCCUGGUACUGGUAAGACAUUGAUUGCUCGUCAGAUCGGUAAGAUGUUGAAUGUGAGAGAGCCCAAGAUCGUCAAUGGUCCCGAAAUGCUUUCCAAGUACGUUGGUUCUUCCGAAGAGAACAUUAGAAACUUGUUCAAGGACGCUGAACAGGAGUACAAGGCCAAGGGCGAGAACUCUCAAUUGCACAUUAUCAUCUUUGACGAAUUGGACUCGGUUUUCAAGCAGAGAGGUGGUGGCCGUAGUGACGGUACCGGUGUGGGUGACAACGUUGUCAACCAGCUUUUGGCCAAGAUGGACGGUGUGGACCAGUUGAACAAUAUUUUGAUUAUCGGUAUGACUAACCGUUUGGACUUGAUUGAUAAUGCUCUUUUGCGUCCUGGUCGUUUCGAAAUCCAGAUUGAGAUCUCUUUGCCUGACGAGAAGGGCCGUAAGGAGAUUUUGUUGAUUCACACCAAGAAGAUGAAGGACAAUGAUUUGUUGGCCGACGACGUUGACUUUGAUGAGUUGGCUAACUCAACCAAGAACUUCACUGGUGCUGAAUUGGAGGGUUUGGUCAAUUCUGCGUCUUCCUUUGCCAUCAACCAAUACACCAAGAGCGAGAACAUUGCCAAGGUCGACCAGAACAUUGCUAAGAUGAAGUUGACGAGAAACGAGUUCCUUCUCGCUCUCAAUGAAGUCAAGCCCGCCUUCGGUGUGAACGAGGAGGACUUGAACUUGAACUUCCCUUAUGGUGUUAUUGAAUACAACAAGCGCGUGCACUCUGUGUUUGACCGUUUGACUUCUUACAUCGAGGAGGUUAAGAAUUCUGACACCGAGAGACUCAUCAGUGUAUUGUUGCACGGUGAGCCUGGUGUCGGUAAGACAGCUAUUGCAUCCAUGAUGGCGCUCAAGUCAGACUUCCCAUACAUCAAAAUGCUCAGUGCUGAGAACUUGGUGGGCAUGUCGGAGGCAAUGAAGAUCGCUACUAUUGACAACACUUUCAGAGAUGUCUACAAGUCGCCACUUAACGUCUUGGUGAUUGAUAAGAUUGAGACUUUGAUCAAUUACGUCCCUAUUGGUCCUCGUUUCUCCAACGAUAUCUUGCAAAUGUUGAUUGUCAACUUGAACAAGAAGCCACCUGGAGGCAGAAGAUUGCUCAUCAUCGGUACCACCUCCCAAUACUCCGUGUUGAAGCACAUGAGUUUAGUAGAGAACUUCACCAAGACGAUCGAAAUGAAGAAGAUCACCGAGAUCAGCGAGGUCCGUGUGGUGUUCGACGAGAUGAACUUCAUGGAGCCUAACCAGCGCGAGCAGGUGCUCGAACAGUUGAGCCGCUACGGUGACGGCCGUGUUGAGAUUGGCAUCAAAAAGUUGAUCCAGGUGAUGAACAAUUGCAAGUACCUCAAUGCCGAUGUCAACCUGGCAGUGGAGAACAUUCUCGAGGCUCAGGUUCAAUAA